AUGAACGGCCGCGAGACCGUAGUCCGGCUGCUGCUCGAAAGAAGAGUCGACUUGGAGUGCAAGGACAGAGAUGGGCGGACACCGCUGUUGUGGGCCGCACACUAUCAAAACGACGUCGUGGUCCAGCAGUUACUCGACAAGGGAGCUGACCUCGAGUGCAAGGACAGAGAUGGGCGGACACCGUUGUGGCGGGCUGCAAUUAACGGGUGCGAGACCGUAGUCCGGCUGCUGCUCGACAGAGGAGCUGGCCUCGAGUGCAAGGACAGACAUGGGUGGACACUGCUGUCGUGGGCUGUAGAAUACGGGGACGAGGCCCUGGUCCAGUUGCUGCUCGAUAGAGGAGCCGACCUCGAGUGCAAGGACAGAGAUGGGCGGACACCGCUGUUGUGGGCUGUAGAAUACGGGAAUGAGGCCCUGGUCCAGUUGCUGCUCGAUAGAGGAGCUGGCCUCGAGUGCAAGGACAGACAUGGGUGGACACCGCUGUUGUGGGCUGUAGAAUACGGGAAUGAGGCUGUGGUCCAGCUCUUACUCGACAAGGGAGCUACGCACGAUGGGUGGACACUGCUAUGGUGGGCUACAAUGCACGGGCACAAGGACGUGGCGAAGAAGCUACAGGAGCGACUGAAACUGGGCUUCAAGCCUCAAUUUCCUUCUCCCAACCGCGAGAGCAGAUUCGCGAACCCAUCGAGGACCCUUCCGAGCGACAAUUCGACCGGUGUAAUCGAGAAGCCUUUUUGUCCACAGAACACCAAACCCUAG